AUGGGCCUGCUAAUUUUGAAUGCAGGGAAAGAAGAACCAAACCCAAGAGGGUCUGACAGUGAUAAAGACAGGGACAAAGAACUUGUCGACUAUAAAUCUGCACCUUUAAUUUUCUGUCCGGAAAAGGUGGAUGAAGUUCCCGAUGGAGCAGUAAAACCUCCUACAAAUAAAAUGCCUAUUUUCUUUUUUGGCACCCAUGAGACGGCUUUUUUGGGACCAAAGGAUAUAUUCCCUUAUUCUGAAAAUAAAGAUAAAUAUGGCAAACCAAAUAAAAGGAAAGGUUUUAAUGAAGGGUUAUGGGAAAUUGACAACAAUCCUAAAGUGAAGUUCUCUCAUCAGCAGUCUCAUCUAGCUGUUAACAGUCCUAUCAAAGAAGCUGGUCAAGAAAGCAUUCAGGAGCCUGCUGAGUGGAGUGAAGAAAAAGCAGGAGCCAAAAGGAGAAAGCCUGCUGUCUCAAAAUUGUCUCCUAAAGAGGAUAGUAACUUACCUGCAGAAGCUGAAACAGAAGAAAAAGAGAUGGAAUCAACAAAGGAAGAUGAAGUACCUUCUGAAAAACCAAGCAGUGAAGAUGUGGUGAAGACAAAUGAUACAUCUAUUCCUAAAGUUGCUAGAAGAGGAAGAAAAAGAAAGGCUGAGAAACAAGCUGAAGCUGAGGAAGCAGCAGCAGUGGCAACAGCAGCAGCAGGGGCAGCAGCGGCAGCAGCUGCUGUGGCAGUGGCUCCAAAAGUAAGCCCCAAAAGAGGAAGGCCAGCAGCUUCUGAAGUAAAGAUCCCUAAACCAAGAGGGAGACCCAAACUGGUGAAACCACCUUGUCCUUCAGAGAGUGACCUUGUUAACGAAGAGGAGAAAGUGAAGAAAAAAGGACCAGAAGAAAAGCCCAAGAAGCAAGGGAAAAAAGAUGAGGAGAGUCAGAAGGAAGAAGAAAAACCAAAGAAGGAAUUUGACAAAAAAGAAGGAAAGAAAGAGGCUGAACCAAAAAGGAAAAAUGCUGGGAAAGUUGGUUCUGUGUCGGCUUCUGAUUCUGAAGAUGAUGGAGAAGAGCAAGAAGGUGACAAGAAGAAAAAAGGAGGAAGAGGCUUUCAGGCAGCUCACAGAAGAAAUAUUAUAAGAGGCCAACAUGAGAGAGAAGUAGCAGAAAGAAAACGUAGGCAAGAGGAACAGCUGGAAUCUGAGCCGCAGAGUAAAGAAGAAGGCAAGAAGCCAGAAGCUAAGAAGACUGAGAAGAAGAGAGAAACUUCAAUGGAUUCUAGGCUUCAAAGGAUACAUGCAGAAAUUAAAAACUCGCUGAAAAUUGAUAAUCUUGAUGUAAAGAGAUGUAUCGAGGCUCUUGAUGAGCUUGCAUCCCUUCAAGUCACAAUGCAGCAAGCUCAGAAACAUACAGAGAUGAUUUUGACUCUAAAGAAGAUACGAAAAUUCAAAGUUAGCCAGGUUAUCAUGGAGAAAUCUACAAUGCUGUAUAACAAGUUCAAGACCAUGUUUCUAGUUGGGGAAGGAGAUUCUGUUCUCUCUCAAGUGCUAAAUAAGUCACUUGCUGAGCAGAAGCAGCAUGAGGAAGCCAACAAAACCAAAGAACAGUGGAAGAAAGGAACAAACAAAAAAAUGGAAAAGGACCAAACAGGUUCCAAGGUACUGAAUGGAGGCUCUGAAACUCAAGACACCAGCCAAACACAACACAAUGGAGAUAACACUGAGGAAAAGAAAGAUAAGCAUGAAGUUGGCAGUAAGAAAAAGACAUCUGGUGAAGAGAGAGAGCUUGAAAAACCAUCAAAAGAAUCUGCCUUUGAAAACAAAUGACACCACUGGAGUGUAUUUUUUUAAAUAAGAUUAAAGAAGAUUGUUAAGUUUUGCAUUUGAAAUCUAUAGACUGCUGAAAGUUUUAAAUAAUUUUAUAAGCAUAGUAUUUUAAUGUUAAAUUUUGUGGAAUAAAAAUCCCCUUUAAUCUUGGUUUUAAAAAUACUUAAACACUUUUGCCAAUAGUUUCAUCCAGUAUUAACAUGUAACACAUUUGAAAACAUGAAGACAAAAUUCCAUUUAGAAAACAAAUGUUACAUGAAUUAGAGUUGUAGUAUAUUUUUAUCUGACUACUGUAUGUUUGUCUAGUUAAUAGCAGGAAAAAGUGUAAAUACUUUUAACUGCCUGAUCGCUCCAUUUGUAUAAAACCUCCUCACAUCCUAUGAUACUGACCUGUUUGUGCAUAGUUUUUCAACGCUUGUCAGGAUGUCUUUUCAUUGUGUUUUGUAGGAGUUGGAAGCAGCAUUUUUAUAGCUGUUAAAAUGUUAACGUGUGAGUAUACUUGAUCACUUUUUUUUAAAAGAAGUUUAGUUCUGUUCUUGCAAAACUCAUUGUGCCAAUUUACUGCUAUGUGACUUUUCAUGGUUUGCUUUUCGUAUAAUAAGUAUACUAGAAAAACUCUGGUGUUUUCACUGAACCUGUUGCUACACAUUGGUUGGAAAACACUUGUCUUGAACAGCUUCUAAAAUUAAAGAAUUUAAACUGAUGUAAGGAAAUUGGUUCUUAAUAACUUGUAUAAACUGACAUAUUCAUGUGGACUAUAAAUAACCUGUUUUUAGUUUCAGUUUUAAAAGAAGAGCUUGGCCAUUGCAUUAGCUUGGGGAUUUGUAAGUUCAGUUUUAUAGAAACACUGGCGAAGAAUUUUAAGAGAAGUUUUUAAAGGCAUGAAAAGCAUGCGAUGUGCAUGAGCUACACAGAAAAUUUUCUCGCGAAACAUGCACCUUGCCUUAACAUCAGACCUAGGAGAAAUUUGUAUGCGACUAGAAAAUAGUAUUUGACAGGAUAACGAGGUUAAAAUACAAGGCAACUAAUUUCUAUCACCUUCAAGGCAGCAGCAGAAAAAUGUGACUACACCUUCCAAGCAGUGCUUGUGAAGGUUUUAACUCACACUAUUCAACAAAAACUUUUAGUAACCUAGAACCACCGAAACAGCAUGGUAUCAAGUAAUGGAAAGUCAGAUUAUUUCUUGCUUACAAGCCUUGUAAAAUUGCCGUAGCCUCUUCAGGCAGCCUGUCUCCUUUUUACCACAGCAUUAGGAGGAAGGGGGGACUUCUGCUUACACAUAAAACAAGACUGCUAUGGAUGGCAUCUAAUACAGAAUUUUUUUUCCACUUCAGCUUCAACAGAUUGGUACAAUUCUUACUUGUUUGCCAUUCUGCUUUUACAGUAGUGUUAAACUUGCCACUUAGCAACACUUACCUAUUCAGUAAUAGGAAAUAUGCAACAUCAGUCCUACAUAUUUCAUGAACUAGGCCAGGUGAAGUUGUAAUUCCUGUAGUACUGCUCUCAAACUUUUCUGUUUUUCAGAAGGUGAAGAUGACAUUUAUUUUGAGAUUAAUGCUUUUUUUUUGGUUUUUUUGCGCUGAAGUCCAGCACUACAGAUUCUAAAGUAACUUCUUGUUCUCCUUCUAAUUCUGAACAGACAAAAAUGCAUCUUUGUAGCACUGUCAGUGUUUUUCUGGCCUAACAGUAGGCCAGAAAAGGAAACUGCAUGCUAAUCUUAUUUCGGGGUCGUAGCCUAGCCUCCCCUCCUCUUCCUGUAUGUGUUCAAAACAACCAAAAAUAACCCUUACUAGUGACCAGACAUGCAGGAGAAAGGAUGGAAAGGCUGAAUCCAGAACUCUAGUAUCUGAUAUUUACUGCACAAGCAGUCUUAAAAGUUCAUUCUCUUUAAAAAUGCUGUUCUUUGACUAAAUAACCAGUCUUUGUCAUCUUUGCUAGCUUGCACUACCUGUUGCAUUGACUGCUUUUAACCUCGACAGUAUCUGUGAAGGUGAGUGGUUUUUUUCUGCCACUCCUCCUGAGACCAUGUGUGCAACAUGAAGUUACUACAGACAGGCUGCUGCUAAUGCCUGUUUUGAAGUAGUUUGACUAACUCUUAACUGACCACUCGUGCAGUGGUACACCUGGAUGCUGUUACUGCUUGUAUGUUGUCUUUACCAGAACCUAUUACAUUUACUUAAGUUUCAUUAAUCUGUAAACUGGUUGCAAUAUUAAGACUAGGCAAAAUUAUGGUUUGGUAAUUACAGUACAUAUUAAAAACACUACUUUCCAGCA